CUCCGCCAUGGCUGCCGCACCGACACGCCGCUCGCUGCUCCCCCUUCUGCUGGUCGCGCUCGCCGCCUGCCUCGGGGCCGCCUCUGGGGCCGCCGCCCCCGACGGCCAGCGGCUGAGGGUGCCGGUGCACCACGGAGGCGCCCCGGUGGCCACGGAGCGACGCGGGCAGCGCGGGAAGCAGCGAAUGGCGCAGAUGUACGGAGGUGGUUAUGAUGACAGCGAGUACGAGUCCUCCGACGGCUUCCUGCCGUACGUCCUCCCCGCCCUCGCCAUCACCGGCCUCUCUCUCCUCUUCCCCAACAUCGUCACCGUCAACACCGGCAGGAGGCGACGCGACGCUGGCGAGAUGACCACACCCACUGAGGAGCUGACCGAACACAUGAUGAACGUGUACUUCGCAGCCAUGGAAUCGGACGAGUGCUUGCAGCGUGUGGUUUGCGAACUCGGUGCUUCCGCCAAGUCCCUCAAGCCGGGAAACCAGAACAUUAUCGUCUCAAUGCUCGGCAGCGUUUCAUCCAAGAAGUACUCCUCCCUCUUCGAGAAAUUCAAGUCUGGAAUGAACUCUGAAAGAUGCCAGAAAAUAGGCUGCAAUUUUCUGGAUCACUGAAAUUUUCAGAGGUGAAGGGGAAAAAAUCUCGGAAAGGGUUUCAGAAGCCCUAUAAUUCCAGAUGUUUCUCCUCUUUACUUAUAGAUGGAAUUAUUAUGAUAAUUCAUAUCUAUUUUAGGAUUUAGUUCAUAUAUAAUGAAGACUGUGUUCCUACCAUUUGCGUUAGCCUUUAUCUGCAUUCGUCCAUAGAAUUUGAUUAUAUAUUUGUAUAUUGUUAAUGCAAACCCACAUGACAAAAUGAUUAAC